CACAAGUGGACACAAAAAGAAACCAAGGGUCACUCUCGUUUGCCGUUUGGUGCUUUGAGGAGGUGAUUUGUUUUUGAGGAGUUGAAUGGCACCGAGGAAGAGAAAAGCUGUGGGAGGAGAAGAGGCACCGGCGGCGAAGCCUCAAACGACAUCGAUGAGGAUGACUCGGAGAGCCACUCGCCAAGCCAACUUGGACUUGAACGAGUCGGCUACUGAGUUGGCCAAGGCCGAGUUGCCGAAAAAAAAGGCUAAGAAGGCGAAACCAGCUAAGAAGCCGAAGAAGGAAGAAGUGAAAGCGGAGGAGACUGAUUCUGAGAAAGAGAAACCGGAGGGGGAAGAAGCUGGUGGCGAUGAGUCGGAGAAGAGGACUAUUGUGAUUGAGCACUGCAAACAGUGCUCUUCAUUCAAGACAAGAGCUAAUCUGGUGAAAGAUGGUUUGGAGAAAGAUGUCGCCGGGAUCACAGUGCUACUGAAUCCUGAGAAGCCAAGACGGGGCUGCUUUGAAAUACGCGAGGAAGGUGGAGAGACGUUCAUUAGUCUUCUGGACAUGAAGCGACCAUUUAUACCAAUGAAGGAACUUGACAUGAACAAAGUGAUUUCUGAUAUAGUAGAGAAGUUGAAAUGAGUUUGAUCCUGGCAGUCACUGCCUUUUUUGUAUUUGGUUGAAGCUAACCAAGUUAGUUUGGGUGGCAGUGGAAGCCUUAGCACUGAGAUUUUAUUGAUUGAUGUAGGCUUUGUGUGUUUGUUUGUUUUGACAUGAAUCAAGUGAAACCAGACGGUUGACACAGAUGAAAGCUUUUUUGGAUACUGUUGACCUGCUCAAUUGUAGAGCCAAUUAUGCUAUGGGAUUUGGAUUUAGGUUAUCUUGA